AUGUGGAACCGUGAACCGGGAUGUUCCCAGCUCGAAAAACGGUCCGGCGUUAGGUGCUCUGGUUCUUCACGACUCGUCAGUACAGCCUGUGGGUAUCGCCAAAUCUCCCCUAUGGGUCCAACACAACAUAUUGAAGAUUUAUGGUCCCAACUGAUCGCACUACCACGAAAAUGGUUUGGUGCCCAGGGUUGUCAGGUAUUUCCCGCUCUUGAAGCGAAUAUAUUCCAAGAAAGAGAGUUUAAUGGUCUGGCAUGGCCCGACCUCCUCGACAGCCAUAUCUUGCCGUUCCUGAAAACACAUAUUCCUGAGCUGAGGAAAUAUAAUGAAUCCUUUAACCCGGCAUCCAAGGAUGUACUUUCGACCCACAUCAUAACGAUUCUUAAAUCGGCACGCCCCAGCUUUGUGUUCAUAACGCUAGCUAGCACUAUUGUACAUACCCUUCAUAUAAUAGGCUCAUUCAAGAAUGCCGGGAAAGAAGGUCGGUUUGAACUAGGCAUUCAACGUAGCAGCAUCGCCAUUUCUCCCAAAAACCCUGUUGCCUACAAAGCCCAUCCUCACCCUUGGGCGUCGGUGACCGAGGAGGCGGGAUUGUAG